GUGCGGAGCCGAGCUGUGCUGGUCCACCCCCUCCCGCACUCGGAUUUAUUUAUCUCAGCCCCCACCCCGGCUAUAAGCUGCGCCGCGUCCUGAGACCGCAAUGAAGCGACCUUGCGAGGAAACUACCUCAGACAGCGACAUGGAUGAGACGAUAGACGUGGGGAGUGAGAACAACUACUCGGGGCAAAGUAAUAGUUCUGUCAUUCGAUCAAAUUCCCCAACAACAACGUCUCAGAUUAUGGCCAGAAAGAAAAGAAGAGGGAUUAUAGAAAAAAGGCGCCGUGAUCGUAUAAAUAACAGUUUAUCAGAGCUGAGGAGGCUUGUGCCAACUGCUUUUGAAAAACAAGGAUCUGCCAAAUUAGAAAAAGCAGAAAUACUGCAAAUGACAGUGGAUCAUCUGAAGAUGCUGCAGGCGACAGGAGGUAAAGGUUAUUUUGAUGCUCAUUCCCUGGCCAUGGAUUUCAUGAGCAUUGGCUUCCGGGAGUGCUUGACAGAAGUCGCAAGGUACCUGACUUCGGUGGAAGGUCUCGACACGUCCGACCCGCUGCGUGUUAGACUCGUGUCUCACCUGAGCACCUGUGCCUCUCAGAGGGAAGCUGCUGCGAUGACUUCCUCCAUGGCCCACCACCACCACCCCUUGCACCCGCACCAUUGGGCAGCUGCCUUUCACCACCUCCCAGCCGCUUUGCUGCAGCCGAACGGACUCCAUGCCUCCGAGGCCACCCCAUGCAGACUCUCCUCAGAUGUGCCCCCCCACGGCUCUGCCCUGCUCACGGCCACCUUUGCUCACACUGACGCUGCCCUCAGAGUCCCCACCGCCGGCAGUGUCGCUCCCUGUGUCCCUCCUCUCUCUACCUCCCUCCUGUCCCUCUCAGCUACUGUUCAUGCUGCAGCGGCAGCAGCUACGGCCGCUGCCCAGAGCUUCCCCAUCUCCUUCACCAGCGCCUUCCCCAUGCUUCCACCCAGCGCAGCCGCCGCUGCCGUGGCUGCUGCAACGGCCAUCACCCCUCCGUUGGCCGUAUCGGCCACAGCCAGCACUCAGCAGGCUGGCAGCGGGGGCGGCACUAAAACCUACCGGCCGUGGGGGACUGAAGUUGGAGCCUUUUAAGUCCCUCUUUCCCUUCCCAGUCCAGCUCCUUCCUCUCCCUCAGCACAUGCGCGCGUGCACACACACCCCUACGUGCCCACACACCCACAUGGGAGCCUCCAAGACUUGGCAUGUCCUUCCUGCUCAGGCCAGCCGAGCAGCCUACUUCACCCUGAGAGGUGUCAGCAAGCCCUCCAAGGAAUGGCACAGCUAUUCUCCUCAUUUCAGGUGCCAGAGAGGAUACAGGGCCAUAUCUUAUUCUCAGUUUGUUUUGCUGGAGGCACCUUGAGGGAGCAGCAGUGGCUUUCAUAACAGCGUGACCAUAUCAGCAUGUAGAGGUUUCCUGGGAAAUACAUAGAAAUGCGUAAACAUUAGAACUAAUAAUUCUCCAGCUAUGCAUUCUUGUUUGGCAGAGGUGAGAGAUCACACCUACCAGGCCUCCCAAGGCUAGAGAAAGAGUUCAAGUUUCGUAAGUGCCUGAUAUUUGAAUCAAUAAUAAUAAUAAUAAAAUAUA